AUGGAAAAUUGUUUCAGAUGUAAAGGCAACUCAAUCCACACAGACAAACGCGCCUACAAUUCGCACACACGUACGAAUCUAUCUAUCUAUCUAUCUAUCUAUCUAUCUAUCUAUCUAUCUAUCUAUCUAUCUAUCUAUCUCACUUUGUUAAUAUCUAUCUCUCUAUCGAUAAAUCUAUCUCAGCAUGUUCCUUAUCUAUCUAUCUAUCUAUCUAUCUAUCUAUAUAUAUAUAUAUAUAUAUAUAUAUAUAUAUAUAUAUCACCCUAUUGCUUAUGUAUCUAUUUAUGUAUUUCACUUUGUUUAUAUAUACUUAUCUAUCUAUCUAUCUAUCUAUCUAUCUAUCUCACUUUGUUAAUAUAUAUCUAUCUAUCGAUAAAUCAAUCUCAGCAUGUUCCUUAUCUAUCUAUCUAUCUAUCUAUCUAUCUAUCUAUCUAUCUAUCUCAGCCUAUUCUUUAUCUAUCUAUCUAUCUAUCGAUCUAUCUGCUCAUUGAUGUUGGCAAAUUGUUCACUGAUCCGAAUAAUAAGUACGAACAACAGCUGGAACUCUCUCUAUCUAUCUACCUCUCUCGCUGGAGAAAACUGGCAAUAGCAGGCACAUAUGAACAACUGUUCUCUCUCUCUCUCUCUUUCUCUCUCUCUUUCUCUCUCUCUUUCUCUCUCUCGCUCUCUUUCUCUCUCUCACUCUCUUUCUCUUUAUCACUCUCUCUCACUCUCUUCCUCUCUCUCCCUCUCAUAGUCCCCUUUCUCUCUCUCGCUUUCUUUCUCUCUCUCACUCUCUUUCUCGCUCUCACUCUCUCUCUCAUUCUCUCUCACUCUCACACUCUCUUUCUCUCUCACUCUCUUUCUUUCUUUCUUUCUCUCUCUCUCUCUCUACACACAGACACACAGUGA